AUGAUUGUAAUGGAACAAAGGAUUCAACGAGAAGAUAAAAUGAUGGCAGCUAUUGAUCACAAUGAUGAGAGAAUGAAAAUGUUAGAACAGUCCAUCAUUAAUCUCACUUCUAUGAUGGAACAUCAACUGUAUUCGAAGACCGUGGGUAGUGAAGCACCUCAACUGAAUUCAACGCCAGCGAGUAUUGCAGAAAUCGAGACUGCGGGGCAAUUUGAGGCCAGGGCUGGGGAAGAGCAUAAGGGAUCGCAACCUUUCUAUACCCGAUCUGUGAAAUUGGAUUUUCCGAGAUUUGAGGGGGAAAAUGUGCUACAGUGGAUUUAUCAGGCUGAGAAAUUUUGUAGAUAUUAUGGAGUCACAGAUGCCAACAGGUUGGAAAUAGCUUCAAUGCAUUUUGAUGGGCCAGUGGUUCCUUGGUUUCAGAUGUUGGAGAAGGAAGGCAAAGUGACAUCAUGGGCAGCACUAGUUGAGGCAUUGGAAGACAGAUAUGGUCCAUCAAUUUUGGACAAUCCUGAAUAUGCUUUGUUUAAGCUUAUGCAAGAUGAUACAGUAGACAACUACUAUACUCAUUUUACUGAAUUGGCCAAUAGGGUGGAUGGAAUAGCUCCUAAUAGGAUGUUAUCUUGUUUCAUCAGUGGGUUGAAGAAAGAAAUUCAAAGGGAGGUUAUUAUGUGGGAGCCUCAAUCCAUUUCCAAAGCUGCUAAGUUGGCCCGACUGUGUGAAGAAAAGUAUGUAUCUGCAAACAAAACUGGAGUUAAGAAGCUGACUUAUUUCCCUGACAUUAACCCUAUUAAGGGGGCAAACCCUGCUGUCAAGACCCUUCUAGGAACACCCGCUUGGCAGAAUACACAUGCCAUUACUCCAUAUAAUUCUACACCAACACGGAGAAUCAGUUUCAGUGAAAUGCAGCUAAGAAAGGCUAAAGGCUUAUGUUUCAAUUGUGAUGAAAAGUUUACACCAUCACACAAAUGUCCGAACAGGAGAUUGUUACUCUUGCGAUGGGACGAGGAACCACCUGAUUCAACAGACAAGGAAUUUCCAGAAUUUAUAGUGGAGUUAGAAACCGAACCUAAUGUUGUAGAAGACGACCACAAUCCCAAAUCAUCUAUGAAUGCUAUGAAUAGUUCUGCAGUGUCAGGUACUAUGAGAUUUACAGGAAAUAUCAAGGGUCAUCCAAUCAAGAUUUUGUUAGAUGUGGAAGGAAAGGUGGACAAUUUGACUGUCAUGAUUCAAGGUUGUUCACUCAGUCUUCCUGUUUAUCUAUUACCCAUAACUGGUGCCGAGAUGAUUAUGGGGACAGCUUGGUUGGCAACAUUGGAGGAUCAUAUUAUGAAUUACAAAAACCUGUCGAUAAAAUUUUUCAGUGAUGGAAAAUUUGCAACAUUGUUGGGAGAAAGGGAAAAUGAACUACAGAUGGCUUCAGUUCAUCAAUUACAUAGGCUCAGUUCAGUCAGGUCUAUUGCUGAGUGUUACCAAAUGACAAUUGAAGCCAUAGAUCCAUAUGGAGCGCAAUCAAUUAAAUCCGGGAAGUCCGAAGUUCAUACAGAGGCAGAAUUGACCAUUCCUGAUGAAAUGCCAGCUGAACUGAAACAAUUAAUUCGGAAAUAUCACAACGUGUUUGCCUUACCAAGAGGGCUACCACCAUCAAGAUUAUGUGACCAUAAAAUUCCUUUGCAAGCCAAUUCACAACCUGUGAAGGUAAGGCCUUACAGGUAUCCUCAUAGCCAGAAAACCGAAAUUGAAGUGAUGGUGGAGAAAAUGUUGAAAGAAGGACUCAUUGAGCCAAGCAACAGCCCCUUUUCUUCUCCUGUUAUACUAGUGAAGAAGAAAGAUGGGAUAUGGAGAUUCUGCACUGAUUAUCGGGCUUUGAAUGCCAUUACAGUGAAAGAUGCCUAUCCUAUUCCUGCAGUUGAUGAAUUGUUAGAUGAACUGCACGGGGCCAAAUAUUUCUCUAAACUUGAUUUGAGGUCUGGCUAUCAUCAAGUAUUAAUACAUACUGCAGACAGACACAAGACAGCAUUCAGGACUCAUCAUGGGCAUUUUCAGUGGUUAGUAAUGCCCUUUGGGCUUUCAAAUGCACCAGCAACCUUUCAGUCUCUAAUGAAUAACAUAUUUCAGUUUGCUAUGAGACAAUUUGUAUUGAUAUUCUUUGAUGACAUCUUGGUUUAUAGUGGAGAUUGGGAGAGCCAUUUAGAACAUUUGGCAGUUGUAUUGUUUACGUUGCAGGAAAAUCAACUCUAUGCCAAGUAUACGAAAUGUGAGUUUGGCUUACUGCAAAUUGAGUAUCUCGGGCAUACAGUCUCAGCUGAAGGGGUACAGAUGGAGCAAUCGAAAAUAGAAGCUAUUUUGCGGUGGACAACACCAACUAAUGUGAAACAGUUGAGAGGCUUCCUGGGGAUGAGUGGCUACUACAGAAGAUUCAUUUGCAAUUAUGCCACAAAAGCUCACCCACUCACUGAAUUGCUAAAGAAAGAUGGGUUUCAUUGGAAUGAGGAUGCACAACAAGCAUUUCACAACCUGAAAAAUAGUAUUACUUAUGCACCAGUUUUGAAGAUGCCUGAUUUUUCCAAACCCUUCACUUUGGAAACUGAUGCAUCUGGGCUGGGAAUUGGGGCUGUACUGAGCCAGGAAAAGCAUCCUAUCGCAUACUUCUCAAAGAAAUUAAACCCAGCUAUGCAGAAGCAAUCCACAUAUGUAAGGGAAUUAUUUGCUGUUACGGAGGCAGCUAUACAUACCCCAGAGCAACAGAGGUGGCUUCCAAAAUUAUUAGGAUAUGAUUUUUCUGUGGAAUAUAAACCAGGCAAGCAAAAUUUGGCAGCUGAUGCAUUAUCCAGGAGUUACAUGAUGGCAUUUACUUCUCUACAUUGUUCAUUACUAUCACAAAUACAACAGUUACAAUUGCAAGAUCCUUUUUGUUCCAACAUAAUGACAUCAAUCCAACAAGGUACUCCCUAUGAUGCAAAAUUUACACGGAAACAACAGCUACUAUUAUACAAUGACAAAAUAGUGGUACCAAGUGAUUCAAUGAUCCGGAAGGAAUUAUUACAGGAAUUUCAUUCUUUAAAAAUUGGAGGACAUGCAGGGGGUUUCAGGACAUAUGCUCGGAUAUCAUCUCAAUUUUUUUGGCAUGGAUUGCGCAAGGAUGUUAAGGAUUUUGUAAGGGCUUGUUUGGUGUGUCAACAGGCGAAGACUGCAAAUACUCACCCAGGAGGACUGUUACAACCUCUUCCCAUUCCACAAAACAUUUGGGAAGAUAUAGCUAUGGACUUCAUAGUUGGACUUCCAAAUUCAAAAGGGUUUUCAGUAAUAUUGGUUGUGGUUGACAGGCUUUCAAAUGCUGGUAUGACACCAUUCCAAAUUGUUUUUGGUCAUGAAGCUCCAUCACUGAUUACAUACUGUUCCAAUGAACAUGAUCCUCCAGAUAUUGCAUCACUUCUGCAGCAGCGGGACAGGGUUCUGAAGCAAUUAAAACAGAAUUUACUUAAGGCACAGAUACACAUGAAGAAAUUGGCUGACAAAAAGAGACUUGAGCUUUCUUUUGAAGAUGACCAGUGGGUUUUUGUGAAAUUGCAACCCUAUAGAAAACAUUCAAUGGCUUUGCGCAAGAAUCACAAAUUAAGCAUGCGUUAUUUUGGGCCAUUUCAAGUAAUCAAAAGAAUCGGUAAUGUGGCCUAUCAAUUGGCAUUACCGGAAGGAGCUCGUAUCCACCCUGUGUUUCAUGUAUCUCAAUUAAAAAAAUGUGAAGGAGAUCCAGGUGCACAAGCCAACUCUAUUCCACUACCCUUGGUUACUACUGAAGAUGGCCCCGAAUUGCAGCCAAUUGCAAUUCGACAGAGUAGACCAAUUAUCAGAAAUGAUCAGCCUGUGGAACAGGUACUCAUUCAAUGGGAAGGCAAGUUGACAUCUGAUGAUUCUUGGGAAGAUAAGGAGCUAAUCCGGAAGCAGUAUCCAUGGUUUAACCUUGAGGACAAGGUUUGUUUUCAUGGAGGGGGUAAUGUAAUGCCAGGUAACACAGCUAACUCAAUGCGUGACGUGGAGGAAUCUUUGAAAGUUCGGCCAAUGAGCAAACGAGAAAGGAGGAGUGUAAGAUGGGAGGACUUUGUUUACACCUGA